AUGUCGUCCUCAUACUCGGCCUGGUUCCGUAAGGGAAUCGAACCUGGAACUAUUAUCACCCUUGAUCAACCUGUUUCUUCCCAGUGGAAGAUCCUCGAGAAGCUGAACGAGCAUGAUUAUCAAGUCAACGAGGAGGUACACCAUGAGUAUGGCUUCCGUUCCAUCGCCACGGCCAAAAUCCUAUGCUGUGAUCCCCUAAAUCGUGCAAAGAAAGCCCUCAUGCGAAUCUACACUCAGGUUCCCCAUCGAAAAACCGAGAUGGAUGAUGCGGAAACCAGAGGCCGACAAGCCACAACAUAUAACCCGAGAGAACUGGUCGCUUAUCGGGACCUCACUCAGAAGCGCUCAAGCAACACACCAAAGCUACUGGGAUACAAGAUCGGUACUCAGGGUCCCUCAGGGCUAGUUCCGGGUGGGUUUAUUAUCUGGCUUGUGUGGGAAAUCGUUCCAGGACUACGCCUCGGGGAUAGCGAUGGCGCUGGUCCAUUUUUAGCCCUCGAAAGCUACGAAAGAGAGCAAAUCCGGGCGGUCUUUAUUGAUGCUCUUCUGAAGCUGGUAGAGAAUGGGUGGUAUCCCACGGUGCCCAGGGCAAGAAGUCUAGUUUGGCACCGGGAGACGCAAACACUCUACUUUAUCGGACGCUUCAGCAAGGCCGGCAAGCCUAAACGUCCAGUUUUUGGUCCCAAGUUGAUAGCGACUUUCGAGCUCGCUGAACCGGAGUCUUCACGCAAAUAG